UUUUGCGUUUUUUACUUUUUUUCAUGUGUUGAAUGUGGGAAUGCAUCUCUACCUAUCCAUACAAGUGAAGAUGAAAAUGACCAAUCAAAAGUCUGAAAAAUCGCUCAUCCGUUUUCCGCGUAUCUCCAUUGGCUGCUAGACCUGUCUGUCAAACCGCAUAUCUCCUCCUCCCAACCCCCGCCCCCUCUCUCUGUGGACGUGAAGAAAGUUGUUCUCCGGCAGCGUAGCUCAAACACUCAAGAUGUACUUUGCCCCAGAAAUAUCUCUGGACAAGAACAGGCCACUGAGGAUGUGCAAGAUCAGGUGGAACAUAAUGAAUCCGAAAAAGACGAUGCACAUUGUUCAAAAAAUAUCUCUGGACAAGAGGAUGCUGCUGAUGGACAAGAUCAAAUGGCACACAAUGGAUCUGAACUAGUGGAGGGCAAUAAAGAAAAUGAUGUAGCUGAGGAGGCUUUAGGUGGAGAGUCUCGCAUGGGAAGACCAAAAAGGCGGACAAACACAGAGACCUGGAAAGUCAACAAUCAGAAAAGGAGAAGAAUGAUGGGUCAGUCAUAUCUUGGAAGAAGGCAAAAUGAGGAAGUGAUGAGGGAAGAAAGAAAAAUGGGUAGGCCAUGCCAGUCUGUAUUUUGUAGGAAAUCAAAAAAGCUGCACUGUGAAGCAAUACAGGAAGCGGACAGGGAGGCAAUUUUUAAAUACUUCUGGGAAAAAUUAGACUGGAGGGAGAGGAAAAUGUAUGUUGUGUCACUGGUAGAUGUAGGCCCUGUGAGAAGACGACGGACAGGAGAAGAACAGUCAAGGAGGUCAGCAUCGAUUCUGUGUCACCUUAAAGUGGAUGGCAAAAGGACCAGGGUAUGUCAGAGCAUGUUUCUUUCAACACUAGGGAUCAAGUGGUGCUUUCUAAGUUGGGUUGGCCGGAGAGAGCCUGAAAAGAUAAAGAAAACCAGCAUCAGGAAUGAAGAGGUUGAGUUCCUUCAGCAGUUUCUAAAGGACCUUCCUAAGGUUCCAUCUCAUUACUGCAGAUCUUCCUCUACAAAAAUGUACUUGGAACCUCUUUUUAAAUCCAUCAGUCAUCUUCAUUCUGAAUACACCCAUGCUUGUGCAGAAAAUAAUGUCCAGUCUCUUUCAAGACAAGUAUUCAGUAGCGUUUUUAACAAAUUAAAUCUCUCGCUGUUUCACCCCAAGAAAGAUCAGUGCAAUACGUGCUGUUCAUAUAAAGUUGGAAACAUAGAUGCUGGCACAUGGGAAGAACAUUGCAGGAAGAAGGAGUCAGCAAGAGUGAGCAAGCAGGAAGAUAAAAACAAUGCAACUGAGAAAACAAUGGUGGUGUGUAUGGAUCUGCAGGGUUUACUUCUUUGCCCCAAACUUCAAGCCUCAGCACUCUACUAUAAAACCAAGCUUGGUGUCCACAACUUCACAAUGUACAACAUGGCAACCCAUGAUGCUACUAAUUAUUUGUGGCAUGAAGGGGAAGGUGGACUCACAGCUAAUGAAUUUGCUUCAUGUAUCAUCCACUUCCUUGAGGAACACAGCAUGCAUGAUGAGUACAUCUUAUGGAGUGAUGGAUGCAGCUAUCAAAAUCGCAACAUAGUUUUAAGCAAUGCUCUGCUGAAGUUUGCAACUGAGAAGCAAAAGGUCGUUACCCAGAAGUACUUGGAAAAAGGGCAUACACAAAUGGAAUGCGACUCCGUGCACAGCGUGAUAGAGAGAAGACUGAGAGACAGAGACAUCCAUGUUCCAGCCGAGUAUGCCACGGUGAUCAGAGCAGCACGGUCCAAUCCCAGGCCGUACAAUGUGCAAUAUGUCAACCACAGCUGAAGCUUUGUAAGUCCAUCCGUCCUGGCAAAAACCCUGGAGAAUCAACUGUGUUUGACCUCCGGGCUAUCAGGUACAACGUGGAUGGUACCAUGGACUACAAAACUGUCCAUGCAGAUGACUGGACACCUUACCUCUCCCCCACUCUUAGGAAGAGGAACAGUGACACCACAGUGCUACCACUGUACACAUCCAGCCUGAGAAUCAAGGCGCUGAAAUACAAGCACCUCCAAGAACUUAAGAAUCUCAUUCCCAAGGACUUUCAUGGAUUUUAUGAUUCACUUAACUAUGAGUGAUAUGCAUCACCAGUCUGCAGGUUCACUGUUUAAUGUGGAAUUGGCUCACGUGUGUACAUUAAAAAAAAAAAAAAGCCACAGACCAUUUUCUUGAGUCUGACUGUGAGUCUCAAAACAUGAUUUAUGUGUUUUCCUAAUGAUUUCCCACAAGUAAUUCAGAUUUGUAUCCAAUAUCUACAUGGAAUUUAGUUAUUUAUCAAAAAGAGAUAUAACAUUUUAUUAGUAGUUGAUACAGGUUAUUCUAUUGAAAUGUUUGUUGGUUCGUAUGUUUUUUCUUGUACAUAUCUGAAAUUUAUAUGAGGUUUUUAUUAAAUGAUUGACGUUUCCUCGUACAGUAAAUAAUAACUUGAUUUAUAAAUUACAUUGUCUGUAACUUUUAAAUUUGUAUUAGUUGAAAGGUAUCUAAGUGACAUAGUAAAACAUUUCUUAAUAAAUCUAUAAAUAUC